AAAACUUAAAAAAUCGCCACAAGAAAAAUUCAGCACAAUGAUCGAACUAAUCACCUCCAAUUCUGCAACGGAUUCGCUGCGACGCAAGCUGGAGGAUGUGCUGAAAUUGAUGCUCUUGGUCUGGGCGCGCGAGUCGCAUGUGAUUGCCAAGACAUCAGCCGGCAAAAGGGGCGUCGACAAGACAAUUGUGGUAAAGAGUGAAUCCGGCGAGUUUGGUUUCCGCAUACAUGGCUCCAAGCCGGUCGUCGUCGCUGCCAUUGAACCAGAAACACCCGCCGAAAGUUCCGGGCUUGAAGUGGGUGACAUAAUUAUCUCCGUAAAUGGCGUCGAAGUGUUGGACAAGCACCACACCGAAGUGGUGAAGAUAGCGCACGAUGGCUGCGAGAUACUCGAGCUAGAGGUGGCGCGCACCAUUGGCGUACUCAUGCACGAGCAGCAAGAGCCACCGUGUCAGCCGAUCUACAGCGGUUAUUUAUGGCGGCAAAGUGGUCAGGCGAAAGGGGCGCCAAAUACAAAGAAAUGGGUACGUCGUUGGUUCUCGUUGCGACCGGACAAUUGCCUCUACUACUACAAAACGGAGGAGGACUCCCAACCCGUUGGCGCUAUGAUUAUGGCCAAGCAUACGGUUGAUCACUGUCCACCGGAGGUCGGCAAGCCGUACGCCUUCAAAAUCGAUUCCGGCGAAGGCAUACCGCUGUAUGUGGCUGCCGAUUCAGAAGAAUUGUCCAACCGUUGGAUUAAGUUGCUCAAGCAAGCGGCCACACAGGGCACACCCUGGCUGGAUAAUUGCGCACACAAUCUCUACCAACCGCCGUGCAGCAUUACACGACCGGACUGUUUUGGUUACCUGCUGAAGUUGGGCUCCCGCUGGUGCGGCUGGUCGAAGCGCUACUGUGUGCUGAAGGAUGCCUGUUUGUAUUUCUACCAGGAUGCGAAUAGUAAAACGGCAUUUGGUAUGGCUUGCUUGCAUGGCUAUAAGGUGUCGUCGAUGUCGACCAACGCUUCAGGCAAAAAGAAUUCAUUUGAGAUUAUUCCACCUGAAACAAAAUUGCGCCACUACUACUUUUGCACCGAAUCGGAAAUGGAUAAAAAGAGGUGAGUUUCAGUGUUGAGCUGUAGUAUAGAGAGUUUAAAAAACUGACGCAACAGCUAACAUUGUC